AUGAAUCCCACGAAGGCACACAGAGCAACCCAUCGUGAACAGAUGAAGAAAGAUGAUAAAGUGAUCUUUCUAAUUCAUCAAUGCGUGGAUUCAAAUGUCCUGGAGAAAAUCAUUGACUAUGAGAUGACCAAAGAAGCAUGGGACGUGUUGGCUACAACUUACGCAGGUGACAAGCAAACCAAGAAGGUGAGAUUGAUGGCACUCCGGCGUCAACUAGGUUUGCUUCAGAUGGAAUCAAACGAAAUGGUGGCGAAAUUCGUAAACAGGUUGGUGAUUCUUGCUAACCAGAUGAAGAGUUGUGGUGAGGUGGUGACAGAUUCGAUGAAGGUUGAAAAGGUACUCGCUGGCUUAACUCCAAACAUUGAUCAUAUUGUCUCUGCAAUUGAACAAUCAAAGGAUCUAGAAAUGUUGAAAUUGGAGCAAUUAUUGGGUUCUUUGGAAGCACAUGAGUUAAAGAUGAAGAAUACAGAAGGUAUCAAGAAAGAGGAGAAGGCUUUCGAGAAAGCCUUAUUUGCUAAAAAUCAGAAGAAAGGUGGUGGUGAUUCUUGGAAGAAUAAGAAAGGGAAAGGCAAGUGGAAGUAUAACAAACAAGAAAGCAGCGUUCUAAAAGUGAGAAUCAAAAGAAAGAAGGAGAAAACAAUGGAAAGGGAAAGAAGAAAUCAAAGGAGCACAUUCAAUGCUAUAACUGUCAAAAAUGAGUGCAGUAAUCCUAAAGUGCCUAGGAAGAGGGGUAAAGAAGCACAACCCACACGUGACUCUAAUGAUGAAGAAGCAGUGAUGUUAAUGGCCACUGUUAACAGUGAAACAUGCAUUGAGGAGGAAUGGUGGUAUUUGGACACUGGCUGUUCAAACCAUAUGACAGGACAUAAAGAUUGGUUCUAUGAAAUUGAUGAAACAGUGAAAAGAAACAUCAAAUUUGGUGAUGGCAGGUCAGUAAUGGCUAAAGGAAUUGGCAAGGUGGCCAUAAGAAGAGUAGAUGGGAGCAAGGUGACUAUUAGUGAUGUCCUAUAUGUUCCUAACGUGGAAAGCAAUCUGCUGAGCUUGGGACAAUUGCUAGAGAAAGGAUUCUCAAUGCAUAUGGAAGGUGAACACAUGGAAGUAGUUGAUUCUAAUGGGAAAUGUGUCUUGAAAGUUGUUGUGUCUAAGAACAGAACAUUCAAGGUGGGUGUGAGCACCAUUGAGCAGAAGUGCUUGACUGCUCAAAGCAAUGACAGUGUGUGGAAGUGGCAUAGAAGACUUGGACAUUUGAACUUCAACAGCCUGAACAAGUUGCAGAAGAAGAACAUGGUUGUGGGACUACCUUUAAUUGAAGUACCAAGGCAAGUGUGUGGUAGAUGCUGUGAAGGAAAAUAA